UUAAAUAUAAUUUUCUAUGAAACGUUGAUAAAAUAAAGCUCGUGUUGGCUUUAAGCGAGUUAAUGGACCACAAAUGGCACUAACAUUGGUUCCGCCCUGUGUUAGUCCGUCCUGUUUUGACGUUACACCAAGAUGUCCAUGCUACUCUGACAGUUGGGUAUCCGUGACCGCUGGGAUGAAAAUGUGUCAUUUGUGUAUUUAAAACGUCAAUGUCGCUGUAAAUGUAGCACCGCAUAAAAGAGACGGUUCUGGGGCGUUUUUAUUGAAACCAUGGCUCGGGUUGUGAAAGUGUUUCGGACUCUGCGGAAUCACUGGAAAAAGUCCACUUUUGCGGUGUGUGUCCUGUCAUACGGGGGGCACUGGCUGUACGGUAAACACUGUGACAAUGUUCUGCGGAGAGAGGCGUGUCUGGUGGCCAGGGAGUUUGGACGUCAACAGAUAGCACCACAGGAGCGUCUGAGGAAAGCAACAGUGAUCUUGAAUCCUGCAGCUUGUAGUGGGAAAGCCAACAACCUGUUUGAAAAGAAUGCUGCUCCUAUUUUACACCUGGCUGGUGUCGAGAUAACAAUAGUAAAGACCGAUUAUGAAGGCCAAGCAAAAAAAAUGAUGGAGGUCAUUGAACAGACGGACAUGCUGAUUGUUGCCGGGGGGGACGGCACCUUGCAGGAAGUCGUCACAGGUUUACUGCGAAGGCCGGAUCAAGAAACAAUCUGUAACAUACCGAUCGGAUUCAUUCCUCUGGGCUCUCACAAUUCCCUGAGUCCAAGUCUUCACCUCCUCAGUGACAACAAGGUCAAAGACAUUACAUCAGCAACACUUUCCAUUCUGAAGGGAGAAACCGUACCUCUGGAUGUGCUGCAAAUCAAAGGGGAGAAGGAGCAGCCAGUCUUUGCUCUGAUGGGACUACGUUGGGGUGUUUUUAGAGAUGUGGCUGCAACAAUCAGCAAAUAUUGGUACCUCGGACCACUGAAGACAAAUGCAGCACAUUGGUUUAGUACUCUACGGGAGUGGCCCCAGGUCCGGGAGGUCUCAGUGUCCUACCUGGCCCCCAGCCUCCGGCCCCCCGACCUGCCCACUCAGAAGCCCCCCAGACCAAACCUGAUGUACCGCAUCGCCCGCAGGCUGAAAAACUACUGGAGCCCUCCUGUCCCAGAGCCUCCAAAGGUGGAGGAGCCGGAGCAGUGGAAGGAGGAGCAGCUGUCCACGUUAGAGCUGUUUGUUCAAACACACAACAAAAACCCAGUAAAGAGGCGUAUAAAUGAUUCCCUGGUGAUCUGCUCAGAACCCGACAACUUCACCGUGGGAGAGUACAUCACUGUCGGAAAUAAAAAAGAAGAGGACCCCACUGUGUUCACUAAAGACUCCACGAAUCUGGAAGCGAGUGCUUGCCGGCUACACCUGCCAGAGGACGCCGCUGGCUUCUACAACAUCGACAACGAGGAGUAUGAGGCCAUGCCUGUAGAAAUAAGGCUGUUGCCACGGAAACUACGCUUCUUCAUCAGUGCAGAGCGCAGAGAGGAGCUCCUGGCACAGAUGUAGAGAUGGAAAAACAUUAAGAAAACCAGAAAGAAGACAAGAACUGGUUUCAAGAGAAACACAAAAGAGACUCUGAGGUCAAUGUGGAAACAGACGUACUGAUGGAUUGUUUUAUUACAUGUAAACAUUGAUAGCAUAUUCAGUUUAAAAUGAUGAGGAUUACAUUACAUUACUGUUGUAUAUUAAAGGACCAAGGCUUUGUAUCUUGAAGCCAGUAACCUGUGUACAGGUUGUCUUACAAACUGACUUUAUAAGUUUACUGAAUGGUUUACUAUUGUCAUACCAUUUUAACUUGGUCAAUAAAUAUCAUUUUUGUCCAAUUCAGCACAAA